CACCAUCAUCAACUGGUCUGAUGGAACUUCCUGUCUACUCGCAUUCAUCUAGAAUCUUGCCGCUGCCCGUGGGUAUGACCUCAGCGCACACCAACAUAUCCCCGACAGCCGCCGCGAUGCGAGCAUUCAUCGCCGACGAUUCACUCCAGAGAUGGACGGACCUAUUCCAAGCUAGCCAGGGUGCCUGCUGCCUGUGUGGCCUGGUCGACCUUUGUCUGUUGGCUUCUCCGCACUUCGUGAACAACCUUGACCGUCUCGUUUUCAACCGGAGCCACCUUUCUGAAAUAAAGCCGUCAAGGACCAUUUUGGCUACCAAUCAAAUAAGCACUGAUCGGUCGUGUUUCGAUCGACCCGGAUCCCCAGCAGCUGCACUAAAAAUCGCGAGGUCUAGGCACAACAGGGUAUAAUAUCUUCCAAAACCCUGGCCCUUGCUGUUACGGCCCUUUUCCCAUCCGGUCUCGCAUCAUCCAAGCUUUUCACGCGCAACGCGAUGGCAACAUCCUCGACGAUGCAGACAACCGCCGCACCCACCACAACAUACGUGGAAGUGUUUGAGGAGAACAUCGCGGUCAAUAACAAUGUGUUUAGCGAUAUGGCUGGAAGCAUUGUCGCGGUGGACACCACCAACAACCAAACCACUAUUGCCGUCAACUGUAUCCAGAGCCUGCUAGCAAACUGCUCGUUUUCGUCCUAUGCUUUGCCGAUUACUGUCACCAAAGGUCUCUCGACGUUUUCCCUGAGCCUGAGCUCAACCAGAAAGAAGGCAGCGGAUUACACCAUCUUUGUCCAAACGCAGGAGUGCGUGGUCAUCUCAUCGACGGAAAGUGCCUCGUGUGUGGUCUUUACGAGCUGGUGGUAUUCCAACAGCUCGACAAGCACGUCGAUGAGCAAGACGGCCACUGUGACUUUGAGUCCGGCGCAAAUCACGUACGACUCCCUCUUGGUUACGGCCGGCGUUGAAAAGCUGCAAAACACUCUGGCUCCCUCCGCAACAGCCGGGCCCUCCUCUACUUCCACUGCUGUUCUUUCUACCGCAACGGCUGGCCCAGCGAGCUCAAGUCCAGAAUCUCAUUCCUCAAAGGCAUGGAUUGCCGGUCCAGUCAUUGGUGCCGUGGCCGGGUGCGCGUUGAUCGCAGCCGGGGUGUUCUGGUUCCUCAGGAGGAAAAAGAAACAGAGAGAUUCGGUCGUGAGCCGUGGGGUAACCGUCUACGAUCCUUCGAGGGAGAUAAGUGCGUACGGCAGUCCCAUGCAGGAUCAGUUUAAGGAGGGUAUUCCAGCUGAAGCUCAGGGUACCCCUGUGGCUGAGCUCCCAGCGCAUGACUCUUCUUGGGCUCGAGAGCUUCCUUCUUGAUCAGCGGAGUCUUCAGUCUCUUGUAGAGAUGAUUGUUUUUGAUAAUUGCUGUUUAACAUUACAUAUGGUCUGUACUCAGGAUCUUGUUUCUAUACACAUUUCCUAAUCGGGGUUGAUGCCCCUUUUGGUGCCUCUUCUGCCGCCUGGUCGCGGGUUCGAAUCCAGGCUGGGGACCCUUUCAGGAGGAAAAGGUCCCCUCAUAUUACCUACCAAUGAUGA